GACCUUUUUCCUUGCCGUCUCUGCAGCGCGGUGUCUCUGCUGCGCCCAAGCCCAUUGCUCCCCUGAGACCUCCCACGCCCGCCUUGAGCCCUCAUUACCGGCCCGCCCAUCGUCCUCACCGCUGUAGCCGGUCUCUUAGACAUGUCGGCAUAGUCGACCUGGGUGCCCAAGCUUGACGCUUGGAGACGACUUCGGCGCAUUUCCAAGACAGAGCCUCGUCUUUGAAUUUCUUUUUUUUGAACCCAUCCCACAUCUAGUAGCUCACAUACUGCUCGAGCUCCCACCAUCGGGCUGGGGGUGCGGACCAUGUCGAUGCAGCCGCGAACCACGACUAGAACCAUGGCCUCCGCCUCCGCCGACGUGCCCGAACGCUCAGGGUCCACCGUGUCGGAUGACUCUAGUGGCUCGUCAGAAGACCGCGUACGCAAGUUCCAAAAAACGGGUGAGCAGGGCAGCCGACUGCGCAAGACGAGCGCCUCCAAUGCACUCGGCUCCUCCUCCUCACGCCCUCUCCCCAAUCCCAACAUGACCACCGCUGCCGGGCGCGGGCGGGCUAGAGUGCCGCUGGGCCCCCGCGAGCGUCCUCAGGACUUCUCCAAACAAAGGAUGACGAGUGCAGCUACUACUACCUCUACCCCCUCUGCUGCUGCUUCUGCCCAAGCACGCUCCUCCUCCUUUGUGCCCUCCCUUGGCUGCGAGCCUACCACGCGCGGUCCCCCCUCGAACCCACGCUUCAGCUUCUCUAAGCAGCUGCAGCCCGACUCUGCAAAGGACGAGGCCCGCGAUGGCCCCGUUUCCUACGACUUUCUGCCCUCGGUCAACUUUGACGAUUUUGCAAACAGCUUAUCCUACGAGCCCACGCUGAGCGACUUCCCUGCCCCCGGCUCCUUCACGACCACCGGCGGACCUGCUGACAACUCCGCUUCCACCUCUCACCACCACAAUAACAAUAACAACAACACCCCUAGCAACAACACCAAUAAUACAAACACUAUCCCCACAUUCACUGGCAUCCCCACCGAAACACGCCCUGCACGCAGCAGCUCCUUUGCCCGCCGCUUCAGCCAAUCUGCCGCUAGAAAAGUCAGCGCUGGCAUGUCUACCUCUAGCUCCAACACGCCCGCGGUGCCCCAUCCCCCUAGCAACAUGACGAUUCGCACACGCCGUCAGAGCCAGUUCUCUUCACAAGCGCCACCCAAUCCGGCUGCACGGCCACCGCGAAAGAGUGUUGGCCCUGGAAUGAUGCCAACGAGCAACUUCGACCGCGAUGACCUGGCCGGUAUGCCAACCCUAAAUAACACCACUUCGGGAGUACCAAAGCUUGCAAGCACUACGCGGAACGCAAAAGCAAAGUCUCUGCAGCCUCCUUCAAGACAGCAGUCGGGCCAUCUAACUGUCUCGUCCAUGACCCCAGACCCAAGCGCCAUGCCUCAGGUCACCACUCGCUCACCAGGUAGAAGUGCUGCUGCGCAACGGUCGCAUACGCCUUCCUCAUCUGCCAACAAGCGACAAUCCACUGCACCCCACAUAUCUGGUUUGGGGGCCAGGACUAUCAGCCCCACCGAUGCCCGGAGGCUGAGAAGAUUGUCGAUAAACCCUAAUCAACCUCCAGGAGGGCCGGUUGGACCCCCUACCCCCCAGGGUGACGCAACGUUUGACGAGCGUGCUUUUAGUCAAUCUCCGGGUAUGAGGUUAGGAGGCAGCAUGACACCUUCGUCGGCGCGCGCAACACCUGAGCAAAAACGCAAGUCUUAUGCCUCUGGCGUUUCACUCUCGUCUAAUUCGAGCUUGAAUUCGCUCAAGGUCGGCCCUCCUUCUUCAAUACCCCUGCGCUCCAAUCCCGCUCCGUCUAGUCUCCGCCUGCCUGCACCAAAGCCGCGAAACCAGCAAAAUACAGGUGGUGGAGAACAAGAAGAGGUUCCGCCUGUGCCAGCCAUCCCGAAAGCUUUCGAAUCCCCCAAAGAUCCCGAACAAAGCACCUUUGGCUUUUCAGCACAGCCGUCAAAGUCGGGUGCACCUCAAUCGAUGUCUCAUGAAUCUGUCUCAACACCAGAGGCGCAGUCAACUAGUUCUGGCCAGAACGACGCGCUAGAGUCGCCCUUCUUGAAGUCAAGCACAGGGUCUCUCAGGCACAGGAGAGGAUUGACCGUCGGGAACACCCCGGAACCUGACAAGGCGGCCACGGUACAGCAAUCCAGCAAGAAGAAUCUGCAGCCAAUCAGGCUCCCACCCCUCAACUUGCUACCCCUCGGCACCCCGUUGAACAAUCGUAUGUCGUCUCUUCCUACGUCCGCAGAUGAUACGGAUCAGGGCAAUGUCACGCCGCCGCCAAAGCGUCAAGUCACCAAGACACCUAGUACGCCCAUGACAGCAUCCAAGGCCAGUUUCUUUUCAAGACACAACUACCAAGAUGAAUACCACAGACACCUGCGUAGCAGUAGCUCUGCAUUCAACUUGCGCGCGACCGAGUCACCGCUUGAUUCACAAGCAAACAUCAACAUGAUGCCUGUUCCGACCCUGAAUCCAACAAGACAAGCUUCUACCACUCCGUUUUCAUCCAACCCGUUACCAAAAGGAAGUGGCGAAUUCACUCGUUUGCAGCCACGCAAAAGCGGUGAAUACAAGUCUCCAAUCAAGGAUGUGGAGAUGCAGAGCAUGGUUGCAGGUCCACGACCUCUCCAGAAGAAAAAUACCUCAGAGUCAGUACAGACAUCUACGUCAACAGAGCCUGAAACGCCAUCAUCUGCUUCCUCUCUGCGGCGCAAAUUGAGCUUGAGCGGUUGGAGACGGGCAUCGUCCAAAGCCGCAAAUCACCCAUCUCAAUCCGCGCAACUCCGAAAGCCAGGGCCCAAGACCGAAGACGCGAGACAGCAGCCGCAACCGCCAAAACACAGUGGUAUGCCUCCACCCAAGAUGCCUGCGUCUGCCAACUGGAACGGCGCCGCCCCUCCAAGUCCAUCACCUGCCCACGCUCGCACUCGACCAUCUCUUGACUUUGGACGUCGCAAAGCCUCCAAUGCAGCCAUUGCGAGCGACACUGAGGCUGAAAAGGCCGCCGCUCGCAAGGCUGCGGGUAAUGCUGCAAGCCGUGCUGUCUCUGGAAACACCGAUCAAGCUGCUGCUCAGCCGACACAGAAGUCUUCAUCCAUCUUGACUCCAAUGCAUCGAAUGCUGGGCACAAAGAGCUCCUCAAAUAUGCUCAAAGCGCGUAAUUUGGACCCUAACCUUGAUCGAGAUGACCUGCUAGCCGAUGAAGAGAUGAAGAAGCUUGCUUCUAAGCGCAAGGACUUUGAGCAUGCUGCACGCGAUGUGGAUGAGCUCCGUAAGCGUGCUACGGCCAAAGAACGCGUCACGCCAGCCGAUGCCGUGCGUAUGGCUAACUUGAAUAUCUUCGAAAGAGGCGAGAUUAUCGACUACAAAGAGGUAUAUUUCUGUGGCACUAAGAAUGCUAAGAAACAUGUUGGCGACUUGAACGCCCAAACAGCCAACUUUGGUUAUGAUGAUGACCGUGGCGAUUACAACAUCGUCCUAGGAGAUCAUCUGGCUUACCGGUAUGAAGUAGUCGAUGUUCUGGGCAAGGGCAGUUUCGGCCAGGUUGUGCGUUGCGUAGACCACAAGACGGGGGGCCUAGAAGCCAUCAAGAUCAUUCGUAACAAGAAGCGGUUCCACCAACAAGCAUUGGUCGAGGUCAACAUUCUUCAAAAGCUACGCGAAUGGGAUCCUGAUAACAAGCACAGCAUGAUCAACUUCACGCAAAGCUUCUACUUCCGCGGCCAUCUUUGCAUCUCUACGGAACUUCUGGGUAUGAACUUGUACGAGUUCAUCAAAGCACAUGAGUUCAAGGGCUUCUCACUACGCCUGAUCCGCCGUUUCUGCAAACAGAUGUUGUCCUCUCUUGUUCUUUUGAAAGCCAAAAAGGUCAUCCACUGCGACUUGAAACCCGAGAAUAUUUUGUUGGCACACCCUCUGCAUUCGGAGAUUAAAGUCAUCGAUUUUGGAUCCAGCUGCUUUGAAUCGGAGAAGGUUUACACCUACAUCCAAUCUCGCUUCUACCGGUCCCCUGAGGUCAUUCUGGGCAUGAGCUAUGGUUUAUCCAUUGACAUGUGGAGUUUGGGCUGCAUUCUUGCCGAACUCUACACGGGCUACCCUAUAUUCCCAGGAGAAAAUGAGCAAGAGCAGCUUGCUUGCAUCAUGGAAAUCUUCGGUCCUCCCGAGAAGCAUUUGAUCGAGAAGAGCAGCAGGAAGAAGUUAUUCUUUGACUCGCUUGGCAAGCCGAGAGUCACGGUAUCUUCCAAGGGCCGCAGGCGCAGACCAAGCUCCAAGACCCUGCAGCAAGCCCUCAAGUGUGACGAUGAAGCCUUCUUGGAUUUCAUCUCCAGGUGCUUGCGGUGGGAUCCUGAGCGACGGAUGAAGCCCGAUGAAGCGUUGCAUCACGAGUUUAUCACAGGGGUUCGCAAAGCUCCUCAGCAACGUCGAGCUUACAACGCUCCUACAAGCGUCUCCUCUCCCGCAAAGCGCGCGCAAGCCCCGCUGGCGGCCAAUGCACGCGCUCGACCACUUCCUGAACCGCCAGCUCCUAGCUUCCGGAACGGAACCGCUGCCAGUGCACAGCGCGAUAUAUCAAACAGCCAGUCUCCAGUGAAAGCAUCUGCUCCACAACGACGUCACUCCACUAAUCAAGGACUUGCGCCUGGCGGCUCUGGCACUAAGCGUGCUGCAAAUGGCGCUCCACUCAAUACCAACACUACAAGUGGUCUGCCGCGGGCAGCGCAGCGAAGUGUAUCGGGCAAGCCUGAUCUCGCCUCGGCGGCGGCAAUUGCAAGUCUCAAAUCGCGUUAACAGCCUUACGAAACUGGGAAAUACUCUCCUUAUAGAUCAAUGACUGUCUCGGUGUUCUCAAGGCGCUUCUCUAUUAUUUUUUAGGGGUAAUCGCCCACUGUUGCUACCAAAAAAAGAGGUUUUUGUGUGACAGUUGUGUGCAGAUGUGGUUGCCAACAUUCAUGUUUUUCCCAUUCAGCGACGUUUAUACCCCCCGAAAAAGUCUCAGCCUUGAGCAUGUUUUCCCCGGUGUAUGAUGGGCAUUUUGGAUAGGGAUAGUCACGACAGAUCCCUGAUAUGACGAGCAUCUUAAGGCGUUUCACAAGGUAGACGUAUUUAGCUAGGACUUCUAAUAGUACGGGAAUUGGUGGUUGAUUACUCGCCAACAGUCAAGAUUAGUUAAUUUCUUGUCCUGCACACUCAUUUACGCGAGAAGGAACUGACUCA